AUCUCAUUAGUAGAGAACUGAUGAAUCAAAAGAGGGGUGAAUUCAAGCACAAGAACACACAAAUUUGUAUACAAAGAGUAUGAUAUAAAGAUUCUAAACAGCUAGACUAACAUUCCUUUGCCUCUCCCCAAAGAUAUCCCUGCUUUACACAAAGCAACCUGCCCUCCCUUUUGUUCUCUUCACAUUGUUUAGUAUAUAUGACCAUCCCCCUUCAAGUGAUUGUUUACACAUAUAUUAUAUUAUAUACUCACUCACAAAAACAACUUUCAAACCUUCUAACCAUAUCAGACUACUAAUAGUACUACCUUUUGGCUAGUAGUUACUUAGGCAAUCAAAAGAGAAUGGCGAGAUCAUUUCGGUGUAAUUUUGCGAUGAUCUUUGGUUUUCUUCUUCUAUCGAUAGCCCGAAUUUCACUUGGGAAUUUCGAUAAGGAUUUCUUUGUUACAUGGUCUCCCGACCAUGUCAAUACCUCUUCUGAUGGAAGGUCAAGGACAUUGACUCUUGAUCAAGAUUCGGGGUCUGGGUUUGCUUCAAAUGACUUGUUCAUGUUUGGCCAAUUUGACAUGAAAAUCAAACUGAUACCUGGCUAUUCUGCCGGCACUGUUGUUGCCUUUUAUCUAACAUCCUCUGAUCAACCUAAUCGCGAUGAACUAGACUUCGAGUUUCUUGGGAACGUGAUUGGGCAACCAUACACUCUUCAGACAAAUAUCUUUGUUGAGGGGUUUGACGACAAAGAAGAACGAAUCCGGCUAUGGUUUGAUCCAACUGAGGAUUUCCAUACAUACUCAAUUCUCUGGAAUGUUUACCAAAUUGUGUUCAUGGUAGAUUGGGUACCCAUAAGGACAUACAGAAACCAUGAAGACAAAGGGGUGGCAUUUCCAAGGUGGCAGCCAAUGGGGAUGAAGGUCAGCAUAUGGAACGGUGAAAGCUGGGCGACACGGGGCGGGAAGGAUAAGGUCGAUUGGUCAAAGGGCCCUUUCAUUGCCUCAUUCAGAGACCACAAGAUUGAUGCAUGUGUAUGGAGAGGCAAUAAUGUAAGGUCAUGCAGGGGAGAGAGUCCUACAAAUUGGUGGAAUAAGGAUAGGUUCAAUUCCCUAACGUGGACACAGAGGAGACUCUUCAAAUGGGUGAGAAAAUAUCAUCUCAAUUAUGAUUAUUGCCAAGAUAAUAACAGAUUCCUAAACAACAUGCCCAAGGAAUGCUCUCUUCCUAACUACUGAGAGAAUAUUCAUUUUAUUUGUAUAAACAUGUUUUCUAUUUGCAAUUAGUUAGCUGUUUGCAAACACAUUUUGGUCUAUUUUGGGGGGAAGAUGUACCUUUAUCCUCCUUGGAAGCAGAGCAGUUGGUAGCUUCUGGUCAAUUUUCUUUUCGUUUGUUUGACCACCUGUAUCUGCUUUAGUUUUCUAUAUAUACCGCAUAAGGAAAGGGGGUGCUUCUAUUGUAUACC